CCUUUUUUUACGCAGGUACAUUACGAAUAGCUUAACACAGUCUGAAGCCUGCGAAGUGGGUGACAAAAUCCUUUAUGGCCGGCAAGCCGAGCAGCUGCGCGACAAAUCUGCGAAUGGGUUAAUCCGCGCAACUUGCAGGUCAUAAUGCGUUGAUAUCUUGACUACCUGUCCCAAACGGGCAACAGGAGCUGCCCUUUAAAAGGCUGCGUUGGCGAGCAACGACCAUCAGUUUGCCAAGAGCAAAGCAACAGAACGUUUCGAUACGAGCAACUUACAAAAUAAUUAACAACUCUUCAGUCAUGAGCAACAUCAGCAACGACAGCGGCUUGGAUGACUCGGCCAUUUGUGGCGGGGCGGGCAAUUCAGGUGCUGCGGCAGCAACGCGUCUCUCCUGGUUUCUGGCCGAGGUGGACGAGGGUGCGAUGGACAACGGUGAGCCGAAUGGCAAGAAGCGCUACUGCGUGCUGCACAGCAUGGAGCUGCUGGAGACAGACGUCUCCGAUAAAUACAUGACACGGUUCGUGGAGUUUCGGGUGAACGGCGUGAAGCUGGAGGCGAAGCUCAUUUUGGCCGCCGAUGAGCGGAAACUGGUCGACGCCGCCCUCUUGGCCAUGAGCAAGGAGCAGCAGGACGAGGACGACAAUGCACGCCAGCUGCUGGUGCAAUACAACGAGGAGGAUGCAGCGGGCGAGCGACUGGUGCACAAGCUGAUAUCGCCCAGCCGCGUUGCCUGGCUGAGCACCAAGCCGGAGCUGGGCGGCACGCCGCUGGUCAAACUGGGCCCGGGCUGCAUUGGGCAUGUGCUGUACGCCUACGAGCAGCGCAACUAUAUGGAGAAGGUGUUGCUGCACCUGAAGGCGCGCUGCUUCGACCACGCCUUCGAUGAGCAGCUGGACGCCGCCCCGGAGUCGAUGGACGAGAACACUUGGCUCCUCGUGCAGUACAGCCCUGAGCCCGAAAUGGUUGUCUACCAGGUAAUCCCCUAUAGCCGCACUGUGUGGCGCCAGGAGAAUCACUUCAAGGACGUCAUCGCCUACAUCCAGCUGCCUGGCAGCGAGGUGGUGCUGCAAGCUGUCGUCAUCAGCUACAGCCAGAAUGAGAAGCAGAUGAAGAGCAAGUUCGAGCAGCUGCGCCGCUUCGCCCUGGAGCUCGAGUUCCCGCUGCCCGACGAGCUCGACCGCCAGCUGCAGCACGGCAGCGGCACGGCUGCCCUCUUUGCCCGGGCCAGCAACACGCUGUUCCAGCGUGCCGAGCAGCGAGACGCCAGCGGGGAGCACAAACAGCUGCGACACAGCCUCGAGCAGAUGAGCGAAAAGGCGCAGAACGAGCCCGAGCUGAUCAUCGAAGCCUUCGACAUGGUGGACAACAUCAACCGCAACCUCCAGUGUCGCAUGGGCCAGGCCAAAAUUGAAAUCGCUUCCAACUCAGGCGACGAGAUGCAUUAAAUGCAGACUGAUCAGUUUAUGUUAAGAACACAGUUCCUCAAUAUUACAAUAUU